AUGCACCUUGUGUGCUUGGGUGUGAUGCGGCGGUUGCUGAAAAACUGGGUGUGUCAAGGUUACGGAAAAAGGCUCAGCAGAUUGCAACGCAAUCAACUCAAUGAUAGCCUUCGAGAGUCUGCUAAAGCAUUUCCCACCUAUUUUCAGCGAAAACCAAGGGGCACUGAAGAGUUGGAUCGUUGGAAGGCUAGUGAAUUCAGGACAUUCCUUUUGUAUGUGGGACCAGUAGUGCUUAAGUCCAUUCUUCCUGAUGCACUCUAUAACCACUUCCUUCUUCUUCAUGUGGCCUUAAGGAUAUUGGUGUCUCCUCAGCAUUACCGUUCGCACAAUCAGUUUGCUCAGGACCUACUCCGGUACUUUGUGCAAGAGUUCGGCAAGCUGUAUGGGGAAAAGCAGCUUGUUUAUAAUGUGCACACACUGAUCCACCUUGCAGACCAGUGCCUAGACCAUGGCCCUUUGGAUGACUUUAGUGCAUUUCCAUUUGAGAGCUUCCUUGGGAAAAUCAAGAAGAAGCUCCGGUCAUCCCACAAGCCACUGGCUCAGCUCAGCAGGAGGAUGUCAGAAAUUGGGCAGAUGUCGCACAUCUCAGUCAGUCGUGUGCAACAAGUGAAGCCAGGAGAGUGCUUCCUGCUUAAGGAGGGCCCAGUGGUUGUCAUGGAAGUUUUGGAAGACUCUGUCAAGGGUGAAAUCUUGGAAAACUUGAGGGACUUUUUUAAGGUACCAUUGCGGUCAUCCUGUCUGAACAUAUGGAAGUGUGAUGCUGUUAGCCAUAAUGCAAAGACCUGGCCACUUGCUGAUGUUCGAAGUGAUGCACAAUGCCUGAAGCUGAUGUACAAGCGAAACCACAUAGUUUUGCCAUUGCUUCAUCUGCAGUGA